UCCCGUGCUCUCUGAAUCUGUGAAGAGAUUGCUGACAGAGGUAGUCAUCAUCAUCAUCAUCAUCAUCAUGAUCAUCAAUAGGCAGUGUCUCUUUGAUUUCAGCACAUGGAUUGUCAUGUUUUCCCUGAGAUUAUUCCUGACCUCUGCACUGCCUCUGAAGGACAGUUGUGUGCUUGUGGGUCCAGAGAUCCCGGAUUAUCGAGUUCAAGGUGAAGCAGUUAUCAUCAGAUUCCCUUUUCUUGAAGAUGCGAUUAAUUACAGGAGACUGCGAGUGGACAACAGCUCAAGCUUCCAUGUCCAUCACCGCAGCCUGAGGAGUGAGAGGAUUGAAGGAGUGAUGCUGAGCGAGCGCAGGAUCCUGCUGCUCCCGUCUCACCCCUCACACUCGGGGACAUACACCUACAUCUUCAGGAGCAACACGUUCUGCCUCACUGGAAGUAUUACAGUAAUGAUCUACGAGGAAGAAGAGGCCAACAUUACUGUGAUGCCCUACACCGCACGCGCAGGAGAAGAUACAGAGAUCGUCUGUCCACAUUUAAAAUAUUUCAAAAGAUCAGAAAGUCCAAAGUGGUACAAGGAUUUUCAGAGCACAGCUCUCCCUAUCAGCAAAGGACAGUAUACAGUCAAGAGAGACAUAAUUCUGUCCAUCAAAAACAUCUCUGUGAAAGAUGAGGGCUUCUACACUUGUAGGCUAAGUGUGAUUUUCAACAAUACCCAGUAUAACGUGAGCAGGACCUGGAGAGUUCAAGUGACAAUCCCAGUAUCAGAAGCGGUCACCUCUAACAGUCUCAGUGCUUUCACAUCAUCAAGUCAUCCAUUCCCUUACAUUGUCUUUCCUGCUAAUGGAUCUUUCAUUGAAAGUCAUUUUGGUGCUCGUUUGGUGAUCCAAUGCAUGGUGUCUGUUGGAAACCAGCAAGCUCAGUCCACAAUUGUGACAUGGAUGGUUAAUAACCAGCCAGUUGAAAACUCUUACCUGGGUGGACGGGCUUUUCAGACAGAUAAGAGUCUCUCAGGCAAGCAUCUGGAGGUGCAGCUGGUUAUCUUUGAGCUUAUGGAAGAGGACAAUGGGACAGAAUUGAAAUGCAUAUGUCAAAAUGAAGACCAGAAACAGGAAGUUAUCACUCGAAUCAAACUUGAAGGCUCUGAGUCUGUGUGGUUGGUGGGAGCUGCAGCAUCCUCAUGUUUUAUUCUAGUGGUGUGUGUUUUUGCAUACCAUUUGUGCCAAAGGCCACAGAAACCAAGGGACUAUGUUCUGGCUCGACAGGACAGCACCAUAUGAAGAUGGCUUCUACUUUACAUCUUCAACAGUACACCGAUCUUCAUCAUGUUUUAGUUACUUUGAUCUUUGUGUUGAAUUGGUCUUUUGUUUUAAAUUUGUUUUCCUAGAUUUUGCCUCACAGUUCUCUCUCAAAAAGUUUUUGGGUGUUUCUUGUUUCUUGCAAUCAUUUCUCCCACAUACACAGGCACAUAUUUUUAGCAUUUGUUUGGUCUCUUCUGUUUGUAAAUUGGCAAGACUUGGUUCCUUGUAUUUUGCUUUAAAAUAAAGCAGAACUUGGAUCCAUAUAACUUCUGUUUUUGGGCUAUUAGUAGAACAUCUGUGCAGACUUCAGUUCUCAUCUUUUUUUGUGAAAAAAUUCUUAUAUGACAAAAUAUGGAAAAUUUGAUCAGAUGUUAGCAUGAUGUUAACAUCUGAUUUGGCCAUUAUUUGAUAUAUCUACAGCAGCCUGCCCCAUUAUGUCAGACAUAUAACACAUACUAUGACUCUUCCUCAGUUCCAAUCAUGUAAGUCAAGUUUAUUGUUCCGGUCCCACUUUAUAUUAGGUGGCCUUAACUACUAUGUACUUACAUAAAAAAA